UCGCCGGCUUGGCCCGCGCGGGCGGGCGGGAGAACAAGAGGGGCUCCGGGGCCGUGCGUCGGGGUCCGGGAAACGCAGGCUGGAGCUCGGGACAGCCGUGGGGCCGAGCAGGCACCAUGUGGAUCCAGGUUCGCACCAUGGAUGGGAAGGUGGCCCACACUGUGGACUCCUUGUCCAGGCUGACUAAAGUGGAAGAGCUGAGGAAGAAGAUCCAGGAGCUGUUCCAUGUGGAGCCAGGCCUGCAGAGGCUUUUCUACCGGGGCAAGCAGAUGGAGGACGGCCACACGCUGUUCGACUACGACGUCCGCCUGAACGACACCAUCCAGCUGCUGGUCCGCCAGAGCCUCGCGCUGCCCGCCCCCGGCGGCGGCGGCCCCGGCGGCGGCAGCAAGGAGCGGGACUCCGAGCUCUCCGACACGGACUCCGGCUGCUGCCUGGCCCAGAGCGAGUCCGACAAGUCCUCCAACAGUGGCGAGGCGGCCGCCGAGCCGGAAGGGAAGGCCGACGAGGAGGAGUGGGACGAGACGGAGCUGGGCCUCUACAAGGCUGGCGAGUACGUGGACGCGAGGGACACGAACAUGGGCGCCUGGUUUGAGGCCAAGGUCGUCAGGGUGACGAGGAAGGUGCCGGCCCAGGACGAGCCCUGCAGCUCCACCUCCAGCCCAAAGCCCGAGGACGACAUCGUCUAUCACGUGAAAUACGAUGACUACCCGGAGAACGGAGUGGUGCAGAUGAACUCACAGAACGUCCGGGCUCGCGCCCGACACAUCAUCAAAUGGCAGGACCUGGAGGUGGGUCAGAUGGUCAUGGUCAACUACAACCCUGACAACCCCAAAGAUCGCGGCUUCUGGUACGACGCGGAGAUCCUGCGGAAACGCGAGACCCGGACGGUGCGGGAGCUGCACGCCAACGUCAGGAUCGGGGACGAUUCUCUCAACGACUGUCGGAUCAUCUUCGUGGAUGAGGUCUUCAAGAUUGAGCGCCCUGGCGAGGGGAACCCCAUGGUGGAAAACCCGACAAGAAGGAAGAGCGGGCCCUCCUGCAAGCACUGCAAGGACGACGAGCGGAAGCCGUGCCGCAUGUGCGCCUGCCACCUGUGCGGGGGCAAGCAGGACCCCGACAAGCAGCUGCUGUGCGACGAGUGCGACAUGGCCUUCCACACGUACUGCCUGUGCCCGCCGCUCAGCAGCAUCCCCACCGACGAGGAGUGGUACUGCCCCGAGUGCCGGAUCGACUCCAGCGAGGUGGUGCAGGCCGGCGAGAAGCUGAAGGAGAGUAAGAAGAAGGCGAAGAUGGCGUCGGCCACGUCGUCCUCGCAGCGGGACUGGGGCAAGGGCAUGGCGUGCGUGGGCCGCACCAAGGAGUGCACCAUCGUGCCGUCCAACCACUUUGGCCCCAUCCCGGGCAUCCCCGUGGGCACCAUGUGGAGGUUCAGAGUCCAGGUCAGCGAGUCUGGGGUCCAUCGACCUCACGUGGCAGGCAUCCACGGCCGGAGCAACGAUGGGGCGUACUCCCUGGUCCUGGCUGGAGGGUAUGAGGACGACGUGGACCACGGGAACUCGUUCACGUACACAGGUAGCGGUGGACGAGACCUUUCUGGUAACAAGCGGACUGCAGAACAGUCCUGUGAUCAGAAACUCACCAACACCAACAGGGCUCUGGCUCUGAACUGCUUUGCCCCCAUCAACGACCUCAAAGGGGCCGAGGCCAAGGACUGGCGGUCGGGGAAGCCCGUCCGGGUGGUGCGGAAUGUCAAGGGCCGCAAGCACAGCAAGUACGCCCCCAUCGAGGGCAACCGGUACGACGGCAUCUACAAGGUCGUGAGGUACUGGCCCGAGAAGGGCAAGUCCGGCUUCCUGGUGUGGCGCUUCCUCCUGCGCAGGGACGACGUCGAGCCGGGGCCUUGGACCAAGGAGGGGAAGGACCGGAUCAAGAAGCUGGGGCUGACCAUGCAGUACCCGGAAGGCUACCUGGAGGCCCUGGCCAGGAGGGAGAAGGAGAAGGAAAACAGCAAGAGGGCAGCCCUGGAGAAGGAGGAGGACGAAGAGGAGGGCUUCACAUCCCCCAGGAAGGGCAAGCGGAAAAGCAAGUCGGCUGGAGGCGAUGGGUCCUCGCGAGGGGCACCCAAGAAGACCAAGGUGGAGCCCUACAGCCUCACCACCCAGCAGAGCAGCCUCAUCAAGGAGGACAAGAGCAACACAAAGCUGUGGGCGGAGAUCCUGAAGUCACUCAAGGACGGGCCGAAGUUCCUGAGCAAAGUGGAGGAGGCGUUCCAGUGUAUUUGUUGCCAGGAGUUGGUGUUUCGCCCGAUCACGACCGUGUGCCAGCACACCGUGUGCAAGGAUUGCCUGGACAGGUCCUUCAGGGCCCAGGUGUUCAGCUGCCCGGCCUGCCGCUGUGACCUGGGCCGGAGCUACGCCAUGCAUGUGAACCAGCCGCUGCAGGCUGUCCUCAACCAGCUCUUCCCCGGCUACGGGAGCGGACGGUGAUCCUCAAGCACUUCUCGCCGGGUGUCUUUUUUAAAAGAAACGUUAUCGGGGGUGGGGGGUGGGGGGGUCUGUGGCCCCCAUUUUGUUUUUAGCGAGCUUAACUUAAACAUGUAGUUUUUCCUCCACUCCCUAAAAAAAAAAAAAAAAAAAAAAAGCCUCGUCUUCCCGGUUUGGUCUUUUUUUUUUUUUUUUUUUUUUUUUUAAUCUGUAAAUUUUCCAGGAAUUUGUAUUAUGGCUCAAAGGAAGAAAGAAACUCGGACUUCUCCGCGUUUUUAUUUUGGUUUUAAAAAUAAAUAAAUAAAUAAAUAGCCUGCAAUUUAUCAGCGGGGAAAAAAAAAAACAACCCCCAAAAACCAAAAAAAAAAAAAAAAAAAAAAUUGUGUUUCUUCUGAGGAUGGAAUUAGAAACAACUUGGCGUGAAGGCCACUGAAAUUCCCAGCAUCAGGUUCUCAGCUGUUCUGGCCGCCGACUCGCAAGACGGCGCCGGGCUGCCUAGAACAGUCUUUUCAAGGUUGGUGGGUCAGGCCCCCAGAGGUGAAAUCCCGCCUGGCGGUGGCCCUGGGUGUGGUGUUGGCCCUGCUUCGCCGGCAGGAAAGUGUUCAAAGGAAAAGCUGUUCAAAGGAAAAGCGGAGGAGUCCCGUUGGGCCCAGUUGAACCCCCCCGCCCCACCCCCCCCCGCCUCCAAGCCAUCCCCCACUGGGCUGCUUCUGCGUCCCCACCGGUCACCCGAGCAGAGAGCUGGGGCCACACCGAAGCUACCUCCUCUGGACUCUUCCCCUCCAUGGGGGCCGAUGGGCGGCCCGGCGACGUCCCCUCUGGACGCCACAGAAGCAAACGCCUAGGGCCACGCUCAAGUGCCUUUGGUCCCUCCUUCCUAAUUCAACGCGGGGCUCUUUCUCAGCACUGAAUUGUUGACAGUGCCAACCAGAAUCUCAAACUGUGGUCCUCCAGCACCUCCCUGGAGACGCCGGGUGAGGGAGUGGGGACGAUGGGACUUUUGUCGAUCCUCGAAGUUGAAUUUUCAACUCGCCAAUUGGGAAUUACAAGAGGGAAACUUCAAAAAAAAAAAACAAAAAAAACCCUUUCUAAAUGAAAUUUUUUUUGUAGUUACUGUAUAUGUACCGAGAAAGCUAAUAACUUAGGGUUUGGUUGUGUUUUUUUUUGCGGGGGGGGGGAGUUUUGUGGUUUUUGGAAUGAUUUGUUAAUGUUUCUAACUUGACCAAAGUUUGCAGCUUAUACCUCAACAGAACAGGGAUAUUUUAAAUCACAUAACUGCAGACAAACUGGAGCGAUAUUGUUUUAAAAGUUUCUCUUUUUUUCCUUAUUAUUAGGUGGUUAAUGUAUUAGGAAUAAACGACGAAAUCCUGUGUAGGCUUUUUCUAUGAAGUUCAAUAUUCUCUGUCCAGGUUUUAGAUUCUCAGAAUAAAUGCCUUUUACAGAUGCA